GUGAAACUUGCGCGGAGCCGAGGCUGUUCCUGCUUCUUGCUGACAGUGAGAGAAACUCGGAGCCGACCGAGAGAGAGAGAGAGAGAAAGAGAGGGGCCAUGGGCUGGGCCGAGAACUCGUUGCCGUUCCUGGUACAGGUCGUGGUCGCGCUGGUGACUCUGGCACCGCUUUCAGAGCAAGGUGACCUAAUUGUGUCAAUGAAUUCAAGAACUGUGAAAGCUAAAGUAAAUGAUGAUGUUCAUCUUGAAUGCCGAGUGUCUGGUCAUAUGAGAGAAAUUGACCUUAAAAAUGUGGGGGUCCAGUGGUUCUUCCAAAAAUUAGGUGCUCCAGAUACACUCAGACGAGAGGUGUAUCAAUUCACUAGUGGAAAACAUACACCGUACAGAAAAGGAGCAACAAUUCUUGAUGACGACUUAAAGAUGGGAAUCGCUUCUCUUUUUCUUCCAAAUGUGCAAUUUGCUGAAGAAGGAGAUUACACUUGUGUUGUUUUUAUAACCCCAGAUAAUGGAAGUGGAAAAUCAUCAAUGACUGUUUCAGCCUCACCAAAGGUGAGCUUAUCCUCGGCCACAAUCACAAUUGAGAAUGGCACGGAGAAGUCAGUGAAGUGUGACAGUGUUGGCUUUUAUCCUAUCUCAAUUGAGAUGAAUUGGAGACAGAAAACAAAAGAUGGGGAACAAAUAAUUUCAAAACACAUCUGCACAGGAUCUCCAGUUAAAAAUGAUGAUGGAACCUACAGUGUUUCUAGCCGUUUGAGGUUGCGCCCAACUCUCCAAGAUGAUGGCAAUACUUAUAUAUGCUAUGUGAAACACCGAUCACUUAGUGAAGCUUUACAAUUGACAGCCCAACUGACUGUCAAAGAGCCAGAAGUUGUUAUACCAGUGGGGAUAAUAACUGCAAGUGUAAUUGUUAGCAUAUGGGUGUGUACAGCGAUCAUUGGCAUUGGAUUUUUAAUGUACUUGAAGUAUUUCAGAAAAGUUCCUCCAAAAGUUUCUGACAUCAGCAAACCUCCACGGAUUAUACAUUUUCAAGAAGCUCUUCUGAAUUGUCAGAUUUCUGGGUAUAGGCCCGAGAAUAUUUCUGUUCACUGGUUGCUACAAAGAAAAUGGGACAAGAAACCAAAUACCAUUCAUCAGUGGAACUAUACACCGAGGGACUUGCAGGAUCCUGUAGCAGAUGACCAUCAGCAGCUUAUUUCAAAUUGUGGAUCUCAAUUUGGUGAACAAGAUGAAUCCUUCAAAUUUGAGAUGCCAACUGUUGAACACAACAAUGAUGGUAGCUCCAGUGUGAAUUGUAAAGUUAUGUUCUGGCCUGAUAUUCAUAGAGAUAAUGAAGCUAUCCUCCAGGUUCAAGUCCAACAUAGUACUCUUGAAAAGCCUGUAAUUAAGAAAGUCAAGCUGAAAGUUGAAGGAAUUGAACCAAGGAUGACUGAUAUAGUGAUACCGCCUUGUAUUAUUCAUGAAGAAGUGCUGGCUGUGACCUGCCCAAUUAAUGGAUUUAAACCCAGACCCCUGGCUAUCACUUGGUCCAAAAAGCGGGACAAUGUAACAAAAGAAAUUGUGAAACUGCACCCAGAACAAGCAGAGUUCAUUGAAGGGAGUGAAACCGAGCAACCCAAAUAUGCCCACAGUACAACUGAGCUGGAAUAUGAAGAUAGGACGCACAGUGUUACCAGUGUUUUGCAUUUUAUACCAACCAUUAAUGAAGACCAUGGAGCAGUAUAUAUUUGUGAAGUAACACAUCCAGCCACAGCUUCAAAAAUAUGUAAAGAGGUUAAUUUAAAUAUAAAAGCUAUCCCAAAAUGUGAUGAUAUAAAACUGUCACCAGAAAUUCCAAUUGUAGAUGAACCUGCAUAUGCAUCUUGUAGAAUAUAUUCCUUCUUUCCAAAAAUUAUUAAAGUUAUUUGGAAAAAGGAUGGUAUCUUACUGAAGACAACGAAUGCUGAUUCUGAAGUGGUCUUCGGAGAGGAUGGCCUUUGUAAUUUCAUAAGUCGUUUGAGAUUUGUUCCUGUUAGGGAAGAUAUCGGGAAAAUGUUAACUUGUGAAUUCCAACAUGAAAGUAUCAGAGAGUGCAGAAAAACUGAUUAUGCACUGAUUCCUUUGGUAUCUCCUCCAUUAGUAGGAUACAUAAGAUGUGAACCAGAAUUCCCAGAGGCAGGAAAAGAAGCAACGAUUGUAUGCAACGCAUAUGGCUUCUUUCCAAAAGAAACAAUGUUCAUGUGGUUUAAAAAUGAUGAGAGAACUGAUGAUCCAGGAAUCACUUCUACCGACCCCCAGUUAGAUGAAGCGACUGGCUUCUUCUACCGUGAAAGUCGAUGGAAAUUGUUAAUUAAGCCAGAAUAUCAUCAGAUGGAAUUCAAAGUUGAGGUUCUUCAUUUCCCAACUUCACACAAGCCUUCAAGGUCCAGUUUCAUCUUGUGUCUUGGAGGCCACAGCGAGAAGAUGUGAAAUGUGGACCCCGUCUGAUACUGUUAUCGACUCGUGUCGCUGAUGACUGUUUAUGUUGAAGAAGAUAGAACUGCAUAAUUUUCAGACCCGAUACUGCAUCACCCUCUUAACUUGAACUUGAAAGACACUCACUUGACCGGUCAGUCAGAUCCAACUGACUUAUGAUAUUGCUUUUGAAAGACUGCAGGUGAUUCCAGACAAUGCAGGAAAGGUAGAGCCCUGGGGUUAUAGAGGGUAAAAUUAAGGGGAGCUGUUUUGCUAACUGAACCCUGAAAGGUAGGCGACAUACAUGGAUAAUUAAAAAAGGGCAAGGGUAUGUCUUCUGUGUGAAUACUGUUGGAAGCAUUUCAAGGAAGGAUCUAAAGUUAACAAUUUUAUUUGGUUCCUGAGACAGGUGACAAACAAGGACAUAUAGGAAAAGACAGGAGAUCCCGGGACAAAAACCCACCCCAACCCUAACUAUGACAAACCCACCUGAGAAUUAUGUGACAUUAUGUUGGCCUAGAUAGCGGAGUGAAUUCCACUCAGGUAACUACAUGUGCAUAAGAGGAGAAAAGAUGAACUCAGACAUUCAAAAUUGGGACAUAGUAAAAGAGCAACCCCUGAAAUGGCUUGUGAACCAGAUUCCUGGUACUCCAGGAAGCCCAAACAAGGUAAACACACCCCCAUCGUGUGAAGGAGACUUGCUCUAUGCAAUCCCAAUCAUGAUCAUACCUGUAUGCCUGGAAACCCACAGUUAUUGGCAUAGUGGGCUGCUCCACAGUAUGUUUUAGAAGACUUUAUCACAUUGUCGCACUUAAACCACCCUUUCUAGUUAAUGGACUUGGAAAAAGUGUUGCAAAGGUAGAGUGUCCCAAACACUGACAGGGUCCUGGCAGUGGUUUAGUUGUCAUUCCUUGCAACACAGUAUUGUAUCACGAUGUACACCAUAAAGUGGUACCAGUAAUGAUCAAUCUAACUGAUAUGGGAUUACCAAAAUGGUGUAAACACAAGACCAGAACCUUGCAGGAAAGAAUGUUACAUCAGCUAAUUAAAGAAUUUUGGGAAAGAACAGGUACCAUGGUAGAUGAGGAAGAAAUCACUGAUUUGUUUAAGGCAUCAGAGACUAGUGCAGAACACAAAUGAGCCCAAGGUAUAAUCAAUAUAAUGAAGCAUUCAGCACAGGUGUGUUCAUAUUGAAUAGCUUGGGCCUGGCUGGCCUAGACUAUUCUGUAAGCACCAUUGGAAACAGAUUGAGAAAGAUAUUAACUAAAGCAAAUAAUAUAGAUCAGAAAGAACUUGCUGAGGGUCAGAUUAUGACGGUACAGCUAUGAUAUAGAAGGAGAGCUUGAGAAACGUGCCCACCAAAUAAAUAAGAUCUUGAGGUAAAAUCAGGAUGGAUUAUCAGAAGCAAUAGAAAAUGAUAGCUUCAUAGCUUGUGGUUCUUGGAUUGUAGAACAAAUUAGAGAGAACUUAAAAAUUCCAGAAGGGAAAUUACCUUCUUGGAUCACAGACAUGCACCUACAUGCCUGCUCUCAGACUCACUCAUGACGUCUGUAUAGCUAGAGCUUUAGUGCAGGUUAAACAUGGAUGCCACCUGAAGGAUGAGACAAACAUAAUUGGAAUAGUCCAUUAUUACCCCAUAUUGAAAACAAAUAAAAGAGCUAGUCCCUUGUUUAGGAUUGAGAACAUCAAAAUUAAAAACAAAGGUCACAUACUCUUGGACCAUCAGAAUCCAGAAAAUAUAGCCCUGAUAAAUGGAACAAUUUGGGUAGACCCUGACUUGAAAGGUUGUACCUACAGAGGUUAUAACUUGGUCUGCCCUUAUAACAUUUCUCACACAACACCAGCAUGUGGAUUUUCCUGGGACCAAAAAGACCCUAACUGCACCAUGAUGGCAACUGAGGAAAAGAAUUUCCUGUACAAGAGAAUUUCAGAUCAUAAAGAGAAAGCAAAAUACUAUAUAACCGCUACCUCAGAGGAUAUCAAUAUAGUAAUCUGGCUUGCCCCACUGACUCAGGUAUCUUUUGAUUGACCCAUGCCCCAUCCGUACUGAUGAGUUUUACACAGCCUGUACAACCACCGGCAGUUGGACAUCACUGUUUGGCAUGAUGUGCAGGCACAGUUACAUGAGUACUUUAGCAGAUUUUGAUAUAUUUUUCCCAUUGCCUAAACACCUGGUGGAACUGAUACAAAGGAUUAAUUCCUCCAACUGACAUUUUUAUCUAGGUAGAUAAUAUCACCAACUUUAACACCUAUGUGUUCUUUUGUUCUGUUGUUUGUGCCAUCUUUUGAUGAUCUGCUUCUAUCACUGCUUGUUUGUCCCUACAACCACACCA